AUGGGGGUCUCGGGCGGUCCCCACGGGGCAAAGCCAAAAUCCCGCGGUUCCCCCUCCUCGUGUCCCUCCCCAGCCCUGGGGGGAUUUGGGGGGUCGGGAAGGAGGAGACCCCCGCCAGGGACCCCAAAAAACCCGGGGUGUUCCCUUCCGGCGGGGAGGGGGAAACCACCCACCCCCCUGUCCUGGCUGCUGCCCACCCGUGCUGUGGUGUCACCCCUGUCCCCAGUGUCACCCCUGUCCCCAGUGUCCCUCUGUCCCCAGUGCCACCCCUGUCCCCAGUGUCCCUCUGUCCCCAGUGUCACCCCUGUCUCCAGUGCCACCCCUGUCCCCAGUGUCCCUCUGUCCCCAGUGUCACCCCUGUCUCCAGUGUCACUCCUGUCCCCAGUGUCACCCCUGUCCCCAGUGCCACCCCUGUCCCCAGUGUCCCUCUGUCCCCAGUGUCACCCCUGUCCCCAGUGCCACCCCUGUCCCCAGUGUCCCUCUGUCCCCAGUGUCACCCCUGUCCCCAGUGCCACCCCUGUCCCCAGUGUCCCUCUGUGCCCCGGAGCGCAGGCUCAGCCCCGGGGGCUGCAGGAGGACCAGGACACGUCCCCCCCUGGCAGGGGGACACAAACGACCCCGCUGCCACCCCCAGCCCCAAAAUAUCCCCCUGUUUUGGGGUCACCACCCCCUGCCCCGGGGGCAUCGGUGCCCCCCAGCGAAGCUGGCACGGGGCAGGGGCGGUUUUGGGGGUGCCCCGGUUUGGGGGCGAUCCCAGCGCCUGCCGCUAAUGGGAUCACACAGCUCGUUAGGCAAAAAUGGGGCGCGGGCGAAACCCGAGGUGCGAGGAGCUGCUGGGAAAGCCUGGGGGGCUGGGGACUGCCGGGGGGGCACUGCCGCCCCUGCCGGGCUAUAAAAACCCUCCGAGCCACCGGCACCGCACCCCGAGCCCUCGGCGGAGCGGAGCAGAGCGGAGCUGACCCGGCUGUCCCCAGGCUGUCCCCAGGCUGUCCCCAGGCUGAACCAGCCCGCUGA